AUGCUGAGAAGUCGUCUCGAGCGGUUCUUCGAACCCCGCCGCUCGUAUGAACAGCUGGGCGGAGAAGACAGCGAGCAGGAUGAGAUAGAGGGCAAUGCCGUACGCGAAGAACCCGCCUCAAGCCCAUUUUCAUGGCUCGAAUACGGAAUAUUCUUAUGGAUGGGUGUAUCCAUGCUCUGGGCAUGGAACAUGUUCCUCGCCGCGGCACCGUACUUUCAACGUCGAUUUGAGUCCAAUAGUUGGAUCGAGACGAACUUUCAAUCUUCUAUUCUCUCCGUCUCCUGCAUAACCAACCUCUCAACGGUCCUCGCUCUGGCGAAAUUACAGAAGAACGCCUCCUACCCUUGGAGAAUAAGAGCCUCAAUUCUCCUAAAUAUCGUUGUCUUUAGCUUCCUUGCUCUAUCCACCGUGCUAUUCCGCAAUGUGGCCGUUUGGAUGUAUUUUGUGUUCACUUUGGUUAUGGUCUUUGCAGGCUCCUUGGCCACUGGCACGAACCAGAACGGAGUGUUUGCUUAUGUGUCCAGUUUUGGGCGAAGUGAAUAUACCCAAGCCAUUAUGGUUGGACAUGGGGUUGCCGGUGUGCUGCCCUGCAUUGUUCAAAUGAUAACCGUCCUUGUUAUCCCGGAUACUAGCGACGCUGUUGAUCAGGAAACUGUCCAGUAUCAAUCGGCGAAAUCCGCUUUCGUAUAUUUCGCAACAGCGACAGGUGUCUCCGCGCUAGCUCUCCUCGCUUUCUUUUACCUUGAUGGGUCUCGGAAAACCAUCGCUCUCGAAGAAUCAGACGCAGACGUGCCAGUUAAGCAAUCUAUCCCCCUGCGUACUCUAUUCCGCAAGGUCCGCUUUACCGCUUAUGCACUAUUCAUGUGCUUCACCGUCACUAUGGUUUUCCCAGUUUUCACCGCUAAGAUACACAGCGUAUGGAAAUCUGAUGACCCCCCACCUCGAAUCCUUCAACCUGCUGCAUUCGUCCCCUUGGGUUUUCUCUGCUGGAACAUAGGGGAUCUCCUAGGCAGAAUGUCAGCUGGUAUGCCCCUCCUCGCGAGGCUGAUUCGUCGACCAUUUCUGCUUUUCAUGUUCUCCCUAGCGCGUGUUUUGUUUGUUCCAUUAUACCUGAUGUGUAACAUCCGGGGAGAAGGCGCAAAGAUCCAGAGUGACUUUUUCUAUUUAUUUGUUGUACAAUUCCUCUUUGGGGUAACAAAUGGAGCCCUGGGGGCUUUGUGCAUGGUUGGUGCAGUGAGGUGGGUCAGUGAAGAAGAAAGAGAGGCUACUGGUGCAUUUAUGAGCAUGAUGCUAGUUGCUGGACUGACAGCAGGGAGCUUAUUAAGUUUUCUUGUUGCAAAGCUAUGA